AUGGACAGAGAAGGCUUCCUUCGAGAUGUUGACGAGAUUCUAGACACUAGGAUAUUUACGAACCUUGGCCCGUUCGCCGCAAAGUUGGAGGCAACAGUGUGCUCCUAUCUGAAUGUGAAGCACGCCUUUGCGGUAUCAAACGCAUCUGUGGGAUUGGCCAUGAUGCUACGAGCUUUAGAGCUUCGAGCAGGAGGGGAGGUCAUUUUGCCCGCCUACACGUUCAUCGCAACCGCGCACGCAGUCAUCGAGUGCGGCCUGAAGCCUAUUUUUUGCGACUGCGACCCUGAGUCACACCUCAUCGGGGUCAAGGAAGUUUCAGCGUGCUUCUCACCUAACACUGUCGCAGUUCUGGCGGUCAAUUUAUGGGGGCUAGCUUGUGACGUGGAAGGCCUUCGCUCGUUUGCUGAAGAGAACCACAUCAGCUUGCUAUACGACUCCGCACAUUCUUUCGGAGCACGUGCGCCCUGUGGCACGUUUCUUGGAAACUUUGGUGAGGCGGAAGUAUUCAGCAUGCACGCCACCAAACUGUUUAACAGUUUUGAAGGUGGUCUAAUCACGACUAACAGUGACUUGAUUGCUAAGAGGCUGGCUCCCAUGAGAAACUUUGGCAUCACUGGUCAGGAUCAAGUUUCGUGUUGGGGAUCAAAUUACAAACUAUCUGAAGUGCAUGCCGCUUUCGCCCUCCGUCAGCUGUGCAACAUCGAGAAACUGGUCGAUUUGUACAAGGAGAACGCGAAGACAUACACGAAAUUACUUGAGGAACAUUGCGUUCCCGGGAUACGCAACUGGAACGAAUCCUUUCUCAGCCACGAAGGAUGCACGCACGCGUAUGUGUGCUUUGAAAUUCAACAAAACUUUCCGCUUACUCGUGAUGAGGUUAUCGCACGGCUGCGAGACAACAAUGUAUUCGCAAAACGAUAUUUCUUCCCUGGUUUGCACAAAUGUCAACCUUAUGCAAGACGUUUGAAGGAUUUGAAGAUACCAGUGACUGAGAAGCUGUGCGAGGAGGUACUUGUGCUACCCACUGGAAGCACAGUGAAAGAGAGCGAUAUCGAGCGCGUGGUGGAUUUACUGAAAAAGUUUUCAAAAUCCAGUCCAAGCAUAAAUAAGCACGUGAACGGAAACACUGAGCACGAGAUAUCUGUCGACUUCAGCCACUUGCAAGAAAAAAUUUCUUACUUGAGGGAUUUGAAGUGCAAAUAUGAAGACCUCACCGCAUCUUGCGAAAGAGAUCUUUCGUUUCUUGAAGGCCGGCUGACAAGGAUAUCUUUAAGCCGAGGGGGAGAUAGACUGUGA